CAGGAUAGGAAGCUUGAGAAAGAGUUCACACUGGAUGAAAGUACUUUUCUGAAGCUGGGUAUAUUCCAGGAACUGUAACCCAAAUGUUUCUCUGUCCGUGGAGAAGAUUUCACAUUUGAAAUAACUUCUACUGAAGCUAGUUGUGUCCCAUCAACAUGUUCUGGAAGUUCGAUUUGAACACGACAUCGCAUGUGGACAAGCUGCUGGAUAAAGAAGAUGUGACGCUGCACGAGCUGAUGGACGAAGAUGACAUCCUGCAGGAGUGCAAGGCUCAGAACCGCAAGCUGCUGGACUUCCUCUGCCAGCAGCCCUGCAUGGAGGAGCUGGUCAACCUCAUCACCCAUGAGCCCCCCGUGGAUAUGGACGAGAAGGUCCGCUUCAAAUACCCAAACACCGCCUGCGAACUGCUGACCUCGGAUGUGCCGCAGAUCAACGACAAGCUCGGAGGGGAUGAGACUCUGCUGAACAUCCUCUACGACUUCUUGGAUCACGAGCCUCCUUUGAACCCUUUGCUUGCCAGUUUCUUCAGUAAGACUAUUGGGAAUCUCAUUGCAAGAAAAACGGAACAGGUGAUCGCGUUUUUAAGGAAAAAAGACAAAUUUAUUAGCCUGGUGCUAAAGCAUAUAGAUACAUCGGCGAUGAUGGACCUGCUGCUUCGUCUCAUCAGCUGCGUGGAGCCCGCGACUCUGCGGCAGGAAGUGCUGAAU